AUGUCAGAGAAGAAGCCACGCGGCUCGGACACUCGUCCUAAAUGUGGCCUCCGCAGUUGGAGUGCAGACAGCUACGUCUGGCGAGGGAAGAAGCGCUCCCGGAGCUCUCGCAAUGGCUCGAGUCCCGGAGGGCUGGAGGUGGAGGGCACGGAGGAGCUGGGUGUGAGGUCGACUUCCUGUCCGAGGCGGCGCAGAGAGAGAAAGUGUAGCUGCAGCACUCUCGGGGAUUCACUGACUUCUGCAGACAUGGAUGUGGUCUGUCGGAAGGCCCUGUCCCGGCGCUCUCUGCGGCAGAAGUUUCAGGACGCUGUGGGCCAGUGUUUCCCUCUGCGCUCGCACCAUCACCACCAUCAUCACCACCAUCCAUCGGGCUCCUCACGACCUUUUUCUGUGCUCUUCUGGUCCAAACGCAAGAUCCACGUCUCAGAGCUCAUGCAGGACAAGUGUCCCUUCUCGCCUAAAUCUGAACUGGCCCGAUGUUGGCACCUUAUAAAGAAUCACGCCUCCCACCAAAGUGCCCUGAAAGACAUGGAGGCUCCACUCAAACCCAGCGUCUCCUCCUCCUCUACCUCCCCGCCACAGACUCCCCUCUCCUGGGACGACAUCUGCUGCUCUCCUGGGCCCGGGGGCACCAGUCUGGAGGACUGGGACCCUUCUCGUCCUCACGGGGGAGCAGAGGGCCGCUGUGGUCAUACUGACUACAUCCUGGUCCCGGAUCUGCUCCAGAUCAACAACAGCUCCUGUUACUGGGGCGUGUUGAACCGCUUCGAGGCGGAGGAGCUGCUGGAGGGAAAACCAGAGGGGACAUUCCUGCUCCGGGACUCUGCCCAGGACGAGUUCCUCUUCUCGGUCAGCUUCCGCCGCUACAGCCGCUCCCUGCACGCACGCAUCGAGCAGAACGCCAAGCGGUUCAGCUUUGACGUGCGGGACCCGUGCAUGUACCAGGACCCCAGUGUGACGGGACUGCUGAGGCACUACAGCGACCCGGCCACCUGCCUCUUCUUUGAGCCGCUGCUGUCCCUGCCGCUGCCCAGGACCUUCACCUUCACCCUGCAGCACCUGUGCAGGGCCGUGAUCUGCAACCACACCACCUACCAGGGCAUCGACAACCUGCUGCUGCCUCCUCAGCUCAGGGACUACCUCCGGCAGUACCACAUCAAGUGUGACGGGGCCUGCGCUGUGUGA